AUGAAGCAGACGUCUGUUCAAAAUCACUGUCACAAACCCAGUGUCUGGUCUGAUGUGUAUGAUUUCCUGAGUCAAGCUGAUGAUGUUGAAGGAAAAUAUUCUAAAGACCCGAUCAGAUCACAAGCCGAGCCGGUUGCCAUACUGACGAAACCGGAUGGCAAAUCGAUCAAGAGGAGAAAAGAGCAACGCAGCCCAUCACAAUUAUCAAAUGGGCACGGAAAACACUCGUCGAGCCCAAACCCCAAGCGCCGAGGAGCCAAACGCAAAUACAGACUGAAGCGUCUCGCUGCCGAUAACAAAGCUCUAACGGGUGAACUCGAUAUUCUGAAAAGCGAAGUCAUGUUCUUGAAAUCUCAAUUGAACCACCAGAAGAAGGCGAAAGGUGUUUCAUUCCAAGAUAAAUGA